GCGUCGCCGAAUGCCGCCUUCCUUUUCUUCUACCACCGUGAAGGGGCGGAACCAUCUUCAGGGUCUCCUCCGCGUCUGCGCCUUCCAAGAGGCCAGCAUUGAUCAGCCGAGUCGCGACUGUUUCGCAAAAAGCGUGCCUGUCGGCUCCGCGUCCUGCGUGUGCGGCUCAACCCCGAUGGUGUGCCAGACGUCGCCAAAUCGACUGCGCGUGGCGGAACUCAUACGUGCCACGACCGGGUCCAGGUUCAUUUGGUGAGGCGUCGACCUUCAGUAACGGCAGCGUCAGCGUCUGCUCCUGUGAGGCCACCCGGACCGUCUUGUGUCGCCGGGUGAGCGUAUGGCGAGAACCCCCCCCCCCUCCCCGGGCAAUUUGCACGCCAUUUCCGGCGGGACCCAUGGAUCUUCUACUUCGUGUGUGGUGUCGGUACAAAGGCUCGAGACAUCACUUUGCGUCAUUGUCUCUGUGCGAUUCAAAAGUACCGAGUGCGGCCCCGAUGUAGCCGGGCGGUGCUGCGAGAGAAAAGCCUCCGGAUUGUCCGCGUGCUCUCCCAAAGUGGUGACCGUGUGCAGACCUGGUGAGGUUGCAACCGCCGUUGUUUGGUAG